GCCUGUGGAUACUGCUGAAUUCAUGAAUGCAUCCAGUCAAGGCAAAGUGAAAGUGAUUGAGAUGUAUCUGGCUGAUGGCGGGAAUCCUAAUGCCCAAGAUGAGUUGAAGAGGACUGCGCUGCAUCGUGCCUCUCUGGAAGGACACACUGUGGCUGUCCAAAUGCUGUUAGAAAAAGGAGCCGAUAUCAACCUAAAAGAUCAAGUAAGAUGCUUCGAUCCAGCCUCUUGUGGCCCAAAGUCAGCACUACUAAUAGGAUGGAGCUCUCCUACUGUGUUUCAGCUGGGCUCCAGGGCCAUACACUGUGCUUGCAGAGGGGGAAGUUUAGAAGUUGUAAAAGCCUUGACGAACAAAGAGGCUGAUCUUAAUGUUCGAGAUAAGUUGAACAGCACUCCUCUGCAUGUGGCCACAAGAACAGGCCACACCGCCAUUGUCGAGUACCUGCUGUCCAGUGGUGCAAAAAUUAACUCCAGGGACAGGGAGGGCGACACAGCGCUGCACGAUGCAGUGCGUCUCAACAGAUACAAGAUAGUGAAGCUGCUCAUAGCUGCAGAAGCUGACACAAAAAUAAAAAAUCAUGAGGGGGUGACGGCAGCGCAGCAGGUUAAACAAUGGCACUCGGACAUCAUGGAGACCCUGCAGAGGCUGGAGAAGCUGAGAGAGGUGGGAGUAGUGCCGGCUGAAAACAGCUCAACAGAGGAGUGAAGACUGCAGCUGUCCAUUUACUCCUACCACUGACAUAUUCGUCUGUUAGGGGCCAGUCAACACAGGACUCCUCUAAAUGCCACAAAAUUAGCUAAUCUUACAAGGCUUUAGUUGAUACUGUGACUGAGUAGAUAAAGUUCUUUUGCAUUUAAUUCAAAAUACCAGUAAACACUCCGUGAAUCUGAGACUUCUAAAGGCCCCUGGAGGUCCUGGGGCCCCUGGGCAGGUGCCCACUUUGCCUGGUUGAUGAUUCAACCUUGAUUCAUACUGCCUCUUCUGUGUAAUGCCACUUUAUAUGACUAUCUGCCUCAGGUUUAAAUUACACUCUACAAUUUCACUGCAGUGUUACAUACAUCAUAUGUGAGUAUAUGCCUUGUUUUGUAGGCACAAUGGAAUGUGUGCUCACCAUCAAAAUCUGCCUUUCCAGGGCAUCACUGUAAAACCUUUGAGAUUAGUAUGAACUUUGAUACCAGAAACUGUCAGCCUGGGUGUGAUGGGUUCAAAAUGAUCUGUUUAUCUUAAAAAGGACAGAAAAAAAAACAUAUCAAUGAUUAAACAAAGCUGAAUUUCUCAAAUCUUUAAGCCAGCCUUAGGCUUUUGAUAUUUGCUUUUAAAGAGCUUUCUAAUCUUAGGAGCAGUCUCAUGGAUGUUUCAUAUCUGAUUUGAGAUGCCUUUGGAAGUCCAAUAAUGCUAAUGUACAGAAGCUGUGUUUGAAUAUUCAUCAAGAACUCCUUGUUUUAUCGAGGCAGCGGACAAGGCCAGAGCGCACAGUAGCACUGUGUUUGAGACGUCAGCUGACGAU